AUGGCGCGGUGUAGCAUGAGCGCCCGCAUGGGUCCCGGCGUACUCUUACCAUCAUCUUCUUCUCCUCCUUUUAUUCCUCCGCCCCCUGAAGAGUACGACGAACGCCGCUCCCCCCACCCCCGACCCCUCCUUCCCCGUGCUGCAUGCCGUGUAGUAGAGGAAGAGGAGGAGCUAGUAGAGGAAGUAGAGGUGUCGCCUGGGGCGGAGGAUGAAGCCGAGGUAGAACCAGAACCGGAACCGGAAGCGGAACCAGAAGCGGAACCAGAAGCUGAGGUAGACGCUGAGGCUGAGCUUGAAGAGGCCGUAGAAGAGGAAGAGGAGAGGCCAAAGUACAAGCCCUCCGGUCCGAAGAUCCCCGAUGGCGAGAAAGUGGACUUUGACGACAUCCAGAAGAAGCGUCAGAACAAAGACCUGGUGGAGCUGCAGACCUUGAUCGAGGCUCACUUUGAAUGCAGGAAGAAGGAGGAGGAGGAAAUCAUCGCCCUUAAAGACAGGAUUGACAAGCGUCGUUCUGAGAGGGCGGAGCAGCUGAGAGUGAGAACUGAGAAGGACAAGGAGCGUCAGACCAGACGUGAGGAGGAGAGGAGGAUCAAGGAGGAGUCUGAUGCUAAGAAGAAAGCUGAUGAAGAAGCUAAGAAGAAAUCUGCAUUUUCCAACCUGGGCUCCAACUACGGCAGCCACCUGCAGAGAGCUGACCAGAAGAGAGGAGGAAAGAAGGAGACAGAAAGAGAGAAGAAGAAGAAGAUCUUGGCUGCCAGACGUAAACAACUCAACAUCGACCAUCUUAAUGAAGACAAACUCAGGGAUAAGAUCAAUGAGUUGUACGACUGGAUGUGUCAGCUGGAGUCUGAGAAGUUCGACCACACAGAGAGACUGAAGAGGCAGAAGUAUGAGGUCACCACCCUGCGCAAGAGAGUGGAGGAGCUGAGCAAGUUCAGCAAAAAGGGAGCCGCCACCCGCCGCAGGAAGUAAGUACCUCGUCAGCUGAGAAGACGCCAUGACGUCGCGCUGCGGUUGCAUCAUCAUCUUCAUCAUCCUCACCCUCAUCCUCAUCACGCUUGCCAUCGGGAGCCUUGAGCUGCUGUGCGAUAACCUUUGACCUCCUGGCCCUGCGCCGUUUGGUUGUCAGAGUUUUUGUAAAUAAAGUUUGACUCUUCAA